ACCCAUAACAAGAGGUCACAGCCUGUGGACACAGCCGUUUCUCUCCCGACACCGAGCCAGGAUGCAGGGGAAGAGUCGCUCCGUGGACCUCCUCGUUCUCCUUCUCUGUGGAGCAACAUUAACGUCUGCUCUGGUCAGGGAGACAUUCGAGAUUGACACGACCAUGAACUGUUCAGAUGCUGAGAAAUACUGCAGACAAUACUUUGACGGCAUGGCUUACGUUCACGAAAUUCUGGAUGACGGUUGGGGUUUGGCGUGGUUGGUUGGCUUUAGGUCAGACAACAUGUUGACUUCCUGGACAAUGUGUCACUCUGGACUGGUCUCUGGGAACUGUACUACCGUAGGGAAUACAACCGUGUUGUGUGAAAGUCACCGGACCGUCUACUGCCAUGAAAACAUGCGAGAGAUCAUCCUGGUCGACUCUCCGAUGACCUUUGAUGAGGCCGUAGCUUAUUGCAGGAACGAAUACACCGACAUGCUCAGCAUUCGCUCCUUAAAAGAACAUACCAUUGCCCUCAGGAAGAUGCGCGAUGCCAAAGUGAAGAACGCGUGGAUUGGACUGCGUUUCGUAGGGGAAUGGUGGAUGUGGCUGAACGGCGACCCUCUUGAAUAUGUGACGUGGAAGAAUGAAGAGCUGUCCACAUGUCCUGCUGAGAAAGACAACUGCGGGAUCCUUUUGGAAUCCGAAGUUUGGGACUCCAGUCCAUGUGAUCUCAAUGAGAGUUUUCUCUGUUACAAUGAGUGACCUGUGUAACGUGUCAUAAACCUGCAAACUUUCAGCACAUAAAAGUAGGCUCUAUAGUGAGAGAGAAUAAUAGUUUGUGUUUGGGGUGAUUUCUAAUGUACAUUUAGAUCUGUGAACCUUUUGUAUUGAAUUCCAUAAAUGAUUUGGCUGUAACCUAUCAGGCUAAUAAUUGAUGUUCUGAUAUAAUAAUUUAGCACAUUAAAUGUGGCCUAAAUCAGUUCCCGCAUCAACUGCUGACUUGAUUAACUCUCGGUGACUGGUCAUUAGUUCCGUUUAUUUCAAGAUCAUUAUUUCAUGAGUAGAACCUGACUAGUAUUCACAUAGCCCCCUCCAUCAUCACCGACAUCUUCCAUCGACAUUUUCUUCAACACCGGUCAACAGCAUAUGUAAAUAACCCCAUAGAAGGAUUAUUAUUUUGGGUUGAAAGCCUGCUUUGCAUUUGCCUUAUUGAUCUUUGAUGUGUGCCUAAUUUAUAAUGUAUUGUUUGAAGAAUUGAGGUUUUAUGCCACCUUCUCGCUUACAGAUAAUUUGGACUUUUAUUUUGACAAGGUAAAAGGUAUCGCAGAUUUGGUUAGCCUAUGUAUUUAAUAUGAAUUUGUCAGGACGGCUAGAUUGUGUUACGGACGGAUGCACAUGCAUACAUUUCUAAAGUUUAAUGGUUUAAUGGACCCGUAUGAGGUUAAAGCUCUUACGGAGGUGAUAGUUUGCCAGUUUAUGCAAUGUACUUCUAUGCAAUGGAAGAAAAUAAAAGAGUAAUUCACCAGCAGUAAGUUUCAUGCCACUAUACAUAUGGGGAUCCGUUACAGCAUAGGUAACAGCAUCGAACGUGUUUUGAUUCCCGCUGGCUGAGUUUAUGACACGACAAAAGAGCCGUACAUCACUUUCUCCUCACGCUGUGCUCUGCCCCUCUGUAACCAGUGGGGCACAAUGACGAGGACUAAUGGAUGAAACCCCAUUUCACGGCAUCGCUGUUUUGCACCCUGUGUUCGCUCCCCGCUGUCCGCGCUCCUUGGUCGCAGACGGUGGGGGAGGUCGUCUGAGCACACACACUCAAUCUGACACGCAGCACAUCCAAUUUUGAAGGCGUAAUUAUGAGACGGUUGAAGAUGUAUGGGGCGUGGUGUAAUUGAAUCAAGACCAUGAACAAGCCGUCUUUCCUGCGAUGGGAUGAGCUCUGCUCGGGGGUAAUAAGUUAUGA